AUGCCCGCUCUCCACCGUCUUUGCUCUCUUGCUGCUCUCAGCCUCGUGCUUCUCUGCUUGCAGGCGAACUUUGUGCUGGCGGGCGGCGGAAGCUCCACUCGUCGCAACCGACCGUCAGGUCGCAAUGCUGCAGGCACGUCGAGGCAGGGUCGUUACCGCGGUGCCAUUCCUCCGCCCGAGCGAGUUCCUCAGGUCCCCAUUGCACCACGAUUGCCCGAAGGCAUGCUCUUCACGCAGCACGAGAGCCCUGUCCUAGCUCAAUGGACUCAGACCCUUCCCGGCUACAUUCAGAGGCUCGGCUUCGAAGGCUCCACUGCGACUGUUCACGAAGGAAACCCUAGAGAGCUGCAAAAGUACGAGAAGGCCCUCUUGACUCAGAUGCGAAGCGACCAGACGAGAAAGCAAUUCAUCCCUCUGCUCAAUCAGAAUGGCCUCAAGACCUACGCGAUGCCCAUUCAACCCCUUGCAAGGGGCGCUUGGCCCAGAGCCUUGGGUGAGUACGCCGGCCAAAGGGGGGUACAGAAGGCGUUUCUCUUCAGCGUGUACGACUCCAACCCGGCCGUGGCGCACGCGAGGGGCAUUCAGGCCUAUGGAAUUGUCAGGAUCACGAAUGCCGCUCGCCUCCAUCAGCCCAGCGAGCAAGCGCGUCAAAUCAUGCACACCCUGCCUGAGAUGCUCCAUCUUUGA